AUGAGUGAAUUUCUUGGGAAUUUAUGGCAACUCACAAGACGCUUUCUUGGCGAAUUCGCCUCGGCUUUCUUCGCCAACUUUCCAAUCAUGUUCCGCGAUCCCUCGCGCCCCUACGAACCUUUUGUCAGUAGUCUCAUAGUAGGCAGUGCUGUGCACUGUUCAAUCUUUGCAACCUUCUUAAUUUCUGGAGCUCAAAUAAAUCCCAUGACUACUCUAGCUGUCGUGCUCUCCCGCAGAAUGUCCGUGCUGUUUGUCCCUCUAUACUUAGUAGCACAAUUAUCUGGAACUCUUAUGGCUCUUUACGUUGGUUACGGACUUUCACCAUUUUUAAAGAACCAGACAUACUUGGGUAUGGCUAUGCCAGGACCAGGUGUUUCAGACAAACAGGCAAUUAUUUCAGAGAUUAUCAUCACAUUCUUUCUUGAGCUCGCAAUUGUUGGACUCCUUGAUGAGCUUCGAGCGAUAACUUAUCAUUACUCAAACAAAUUCAAUGCUUUCUUGCUACUUGUGAUGGUCUUUUUUUGGAUUGACACAAUCGCCGUAAUUGCUUUACCUUAUAAGGCCCCAAUUUCCGGCGCUUGCACGAACCCCGCAAGAAGUAUGGCCUCAGUAAUACUAAAUCUGAGUUUUAAAAAGCAACAUAUCUACUUAAUCGGACCACCAAUCGGUUCAGCAUUAGCUGUCAUAGUCUAUGAGACUUUCCUCUCAGAGGACGCUUCUAUUGUAAGACUGAUGGCAAUGUUUAACUUUCGCAAACCUUUCAACCGUCAUAUGUUUUACUGGACCCCUGAAGCGAGCGGCCUGCCACCACAAACUCAAAAUGCCAAUAUCUAUCUUGACUAUUUCCGUAUCAGCGAACUAUCCUCCACUCUAUCUGGCAAAACUGACUCCGACGAAAAUGACUCCUUCGUUGUCAGAUCAAUAACUCCAUUUUCAUCAACUCAAGACUCCAAUAAGUCACGUUUUCUUCUUCUGAAAUCGCACUUAAACUCUGACUCUGAAGGCCAGAUGCCAAUGCCAAAGACGAGAAAAGGCAAGAGUGAGAAAUCUGGUGGCGUAUUUUCGAAAGAGGAAGGAGAUUUAUCAAAGAACCCACCACUGUCUGUGGAUGCAUUGCAAUCGGAUGAGUGA